AUGUUGGACUUACACCACGAUUUCAAUGAAGCGCUAUCCAAUACUACUCGACAAAAUAUUGAACCAGCUCUGGGAAAGAAAAGAACGAAGGAUGAAGCUGAAUUUGAUACCGAUUCAGGCGAUACACUAUCGGAUGACGAUAAUAAAGAAAACUUUGAUGAACCAGAGAUGGAAGAGGAGGUGACUCUAUUUCACAAACGAAAAAGAGAAGUUUCAGGAGUGGAUUUAUUGGAUACUAUUCAAGUUCCGAAAAUUGAGUUAUUGCGGAAACGUAGUGCAUUGUUGGACAGUAGUACAAGUGAAUAUCAAUAUCGAGACGAAAUAGUAAAUCCUCUUCUGUCGUCGAUAUUUUAUGAUACCGAGAAUGCAUUGUGGUUGAAAACUCACUAA